AUGGCGGAGAAGAAGGAGAACGUACCACCGGACUACGACUUGAAUGCUAAGUGGGACGCUUGUCUCGAUAUCACGACUCGCCGCUUCGUCUACUCCUCACUCGGCGGCGCUUUCGCCGGACUUCUGUUCUUCAGGAGUCCUGUUACAAGAUGGGCAUCGAUUGCUUUUGGUGCUGGACUUGGUAUUGGCUCUGCGUACACAGAUUGUUCUCGUGCUUUUGAUGCACCUUCUUCUUCGUCAAAUUUAGCAGCUUCCAAGAGUACAGAGACUUCUGUAUCUCCUCAGAUUAACACAAAGAGUAGAAUAAACAGAAUGUGGGUGGUGGUUAAUUCAGAGUUCAGUCAUCCUGAUAAACCUGAGUGGUCAUUGUCCAUGAGCUGCGGACGAGUAGACAGUGUUGAUAAAAGCGGAAAGUAA